GCGAAUUUUUCACUGUCUGGGGCCUAAAGGAGUCAAAAUAGGUGUACAAAUGGGGGGUAUUUGAUAGUGUCUGUUGGCAAGCUCCGCAGUGAGAAAUACGCCAAUUGCAUCACCAGAAAAAAAGUGUUCCGACACCUCAUCUUCGCGCUAUUACAAACUUCACUUUUCAUCAAUACUGCAAUCCACAAAAUGAUAUUGAGACCUUUUUUUCAAUCGGCCUUAAGACAAGCAGCAACGCGGUCUCUGGCCGCUCCUUCGCCCCUUUCAAUCCGCCGAUCCACACCACUUCAGAUCCGAUUCCUGUCCCAAGAGACGCGUGCCGCCAUAGAGAAAGCCAUAGCAUCAAGUCCUGUUGUUCUUUUCAUGAAGGGGACCCCUGAAAUGCCACAAUGUGGUUAUUCGAGGGCAAGUAUCCAGAUCCUCGGCGUGCAAGGAGUGGAUCCAGAGAAGUUUACCGCAUUCAAUGUGCUAGAAGAUCAGGAGCUGAGACAAGGCAUCAAGGAGUAUUCGGACUGGCCGACCAUACCGCAGCUUUAUGUGGACAAAGAGUUCAUCGGUGGAUGUGAUAUUUUGCUGAGUAUGCAUCAGGACGGCUCACUGGCGAAACUUUUGCAAGAGAAGGGUGUAGUAGUUCCGGAUGAAGAAAGCGGCGAGAACAAAGCUUAAGGUUGUCUUUUGUAUACAGUUAAGAUACAUCUUGCAAGAUUUGCCGGAGUAUCAUCUUUAUGGGGGGAUUAAAAUUCCGUCAUUGUAAUAUUUCUCCACUCUGCCAGAGCGAUUGCUUUCGGCAGACGUGUCGUAUGAGGACUUCUAUCUGAUGACGGAAGCCGAAGGCAGCCUUAUACUAUACUCUUUGGCGACAUCAUGAGUCGUCCUGAUCUGCUAUUUGCUGUUCGUAUUGAAUCUGCAUAGUAUUUGCAACGAAUUUAGCGUUUGUCGUCUAUGCGAUUCAUUAUACGAGAAUAUCAUCAACGUGACUCGUCAGAGCUCAAAUCAAGCCCCUCGGGAGCAGCU